ACAGGGAGAAUGAGAAACCGGAGUCAUACGAGUCACAGAAGAUGCUGUGUAGAUUUAAGAAGGGGGACGGCAGACCAUUCCAAAGCUCUUUUCUCCCGUUAUGGCUCAGAACUGAAAACAGGAUUACCUCAUGCAUCUCAUCAUAAAAACACAUGUUGCCUCUGAUCAGGAUUUUCAACGUUGAGUCUGUGGGGAUUUAAUCAGGGUUUACAGUGCAAGUGUUAGGGCUGGCCAAAGGACGACCUGCCAAACAACAUCUGCAUGGACUGAGAUCUGUCCUCCAUCAGACUAGACUGGCAGCUACGUGGACACUUGGAUUUGUGGACACUUUGGACCGGCGCUGUGCCGUCUGCGAUGUUGAUGACACUCUGCUGCUUCCUCGAACCCCACGGGUUGGGCUGGAUCAGAAUGGGAGGUUAAAAGGGCAAAUAACAUCAUGGGAGGCAAACAAAUGAAAUGCCUCAGUUCAUCCAGUCCAGCACACACACCCAAGGAAGAGUACAUUAUUGCCAAAUCUGAAGAUUCAGGAGAGCUAGUGUGGAACCACACAGAGCAACCACAAAGCCUAGAGCAUGUAGUGAAAUCCUCAGCCACAGAGCCAUCUCCUGGCCCAGGGCAUGAUGGGACAGAGGAAAGCAGCACAUGGGAGGAACAGCUAUGUGCCCAGCAGGAACAGCUGGAGAAGGAGAUGCAGGAGACCAGGAAAAUGAUGAACAGGCUUCAGGCCUUACUGCUGCAUGGCUCUCUACCUGAAGACGAGCAGACAUCUACCCUGAGCUUUGGAGACAGUACCAGCUCAGAGCAACAGCUGAUUUUAACCCGGAGUCGUCUUGACCAGAGUGUGGAGGAGUCUUUAGAUCUGAAGAGAGAACUUUUAAGAUACAAGCAGGAGGCACAUAAUCUGCAGGCUAUAAAAGAUGCCUUGCAGCAGAGAAUGUCUGUGCAGGAGGACUCAGUGCUGCAGCUCAAGCAGGAGCUUCUCAGAUCCAGCAUGGCCAGAGAGGAGCUGGAGGGACAGAAUGUCGAACUAGAAAGAAAGCUGAGUGAACGGAACAGAUUGCUGAGUGAAUAUAAAAAAGAACUCGGGCAGAAAGACAGACUUCUUCAGCAGCAGCGAGCAAAACUGGAUGAAGGAUUGCUCAGGAUCAGUGAAAGCUUUCAUAGGUUGUCAGGCUGUGAGAAUAAUGUCUACAGUCACAUGAUGGACACAUCCUCUGAUGUUUUCCAACACAGAAUGAGGGAUGAGCUACAGCUGGUGCGAGAUGCUCUGCGCGGUCUUGGGGACAGUUUCAGUGGUCAUGACCCGCAGCACCACACGCUGGAAACGCUGGAGCAGGGAGUGAACAAUCUGGUGGACCGUCUCCACACCACAGAGAACAAGAAAAGGCAGGAGAGAAAGAGCUCAACUAGGUCUCCUGGACGAAAAGCCAAUCACGCAGACCGAGAAUCAUGGCCAUCAAGCUCAAAGAUGGCUCAUUCUCACAGUAGCCCCGUUCUUAGUGCAGCAGCCUCAACCAAAGUUAAAAUGCCAUUUUAA